AUGUUCGUUUCGUCUCCGCUCUCGUUCAUUGAAAAUCAGUGCUAUGAUCUUCUGACCUCAAUUGCUGAUUUAACUACCGUCCCAGAUAUGGAUAACCAUUUGCAAAAGGUAAUCAUAUCAUGCUGUUUCAUAUUGUGUUCAUAUUUGCCUCAUUAUUUUUGCUUUAUAGGCUUACAAACUCUAUAA